GUCCCCUGUGAAGGGUUAUCCCCCACCUUUUGUCUCGGGUCCCCUGAAAUAGGUUCCAGGUUCCCUGUGACACUGUGUAGGAUAAACAGUACAGAAAUUGGAUGGGUGGAUGUUGCUUACAUUUUCAUACCAUGCCUGAGGAAGUUUAUAACUACAAAUUUUUACUCUUACACGUCCUGCAGAUGGUGUCUCUAACUCUAACUCCUCGCCCUGCACUUUUACUCAUCGUCCUGAGCUUGAACACUUCUGCUUUCCCCCAACCCUUCCAGAGAAUAUCCCCUUCAGAUGGCCAGGAUUCAAUACAGGAGCAAUGGAAGGUUCUCUAUCCUUCCAUCUCACUCCGUGACUGGAGCAUCCAAAUGUUGUCCAACCCAGACUUCGGUGGAGCAGAGCCCAGAACAGAGCAGCUGCCUGUAAAUGAGUGGAUCCCUCUUAGCCAAUCACAGAUGGAGGAGAAACUGAUAAAGGGAUGGCCAGGAGACUGGCAGCAGAGGGUGGGAAACCAGGAAAAGAGAAACAUUGUUGUGGCAGAUGAUGCAGCAUUCAGAGAGAAGAGUAAGCUUCUGACAGCCAUGGAGAGACAGAAAUGGCUGAACUCAUACAUGCAGAAACUGCUGGUGGUUAACUCAAAAUAAAUAACUUGUGUCUAGAAGGUAACUUAUAUUGUUCGUUUAGAAAAAUGAUGUUAAUUAGGUCACAAAUCAGGAAGAUCACUGUAAAAUAUGAUGAAAUAACUGUUCAUCAUUGUAAAGAAACCAGACCGUAUCCAAUGGAAAUCGCCUAUAUGUAUGUUAUGUAGUGUAGUAAGAUGUUUGUUUAUUGUUGUUAUUUUUUUUAUUGUUGUUAUUUUCAAGUUAUAAAUGAAAUGACAUCUGUAGAGUUGUGAAAAAAGAAA